AUGAAACACAGACAAGAGACAGGGGUAGGGGUAUCUGGAAGAGAAUCUAGUAGCUUGGUACUGAUCAAAUGUGACGCCUACCGAUCUUUUGUAGAUCGUUUCUCCGCUGCCCUCUCUCAGCAGAGGAAUACCCCCCGCCAAGUGUUGUCUAUGGGCCUUGGGGCCUUAGCCAUCACCGAUGGUUCGCCUUCUGCUGCUGCAGCUUCCGCUGUGGCUCCUUCUGUCGCCGUGCCCCCCGCUGAAGCUACGGCCCCUCUUUCCUUUGGCCAACAGGAGGUCAGACCUGCUCCUGUUGGCCUCUUGCAAACGCCAGGUUGUACUGCCACUGUGGUAGAAAUCAAUGAUGAUGACGAGAUGAUGGUUAGUGAUGAGGAGACAGAUGGUGAUGAGGAGAUGGAUGGUGAUCGUUGCGGUGAAGAGAUGGAUGUGGGGGUUGAUGAUGGUGGAGAGAUGGGUGAGGAGGACGACGAGUCGUUUGACAUCGAUCUUGGUGGUGAGGAGUUGUGCGAGGAUAGGGAUGAAUGGUUGGCCGAGCUGAGAACAUUGGGUCCUGUUCGCGUCACCAAAGGUUCUCCCGAGCUUUGUGUGAGAAUGCUGGGUUCCAACGGGAAGAAACAAGUGGCCUACAUGGCUAAGCUCGCCGAAGUGAAGUCCGAGAAACGUCGUUGUUCCCCUUCCGUCCACGACGAAGUGACUCCCCCUUCGGCAAAACGGGUCAAAGAGACACCUCGGUCCUUUCCAGGACAGGCUGAACCGUCCCCCCCCACUUCCCACGAGACAGGGAGCGCUCGCAAGGCUUCGUUGCGAGCGCAGGAGAGGCUAUGGCAGAAGUUCAUUGAUGAACGCGAACGAUGGGAGGUUGCCAGUAUAGAUGAGUCAUGUGAUCGAUCUGUGAAAUUAUCACAUGCGGGAGAACAAAAUGGCCGUGCUUACGACCGGUCAAGCCCCACAAUCGUGGGUCCCGUUGUGCUUCCUGCACUUCUGGCCCCUGCUCCUUCUGCCCCUCCAAUACCGCUCGGGAUAUUCCUCCCAGACCUUCUGCUCCUCUCGGUCCCCCCUACACUCCGUCCGCCGCUGUUCGUCGCCGUCUCCCCACAGCCCAAGACGGGGACUAUCCUUUGCGCUCUCCUUCGGCAAACUUCUCCUCUCCCGGCCCCACCUCGCCGUCACCCGCCGUCCGUCGCCCGCCUAACUCUCCCGUGGCCGGACCGUCUCGUCUCCCUGCUACUCCUUUGGCAGGUUCGUCUCGUCGUGCGCCUCGCCGUGCUCCUUCCGCCUCCCUCCAGCCCUCAACACCUAUGGCUGGCCCAUCUCGUCUCCCGGCUACCCCUUCUGCCGGUCCGUCUCGUCCCACCAGGAGCCGUCCUACUCCUGCGUCAACUCAAGAGGAGUCUCCUCUAA